AAAGGAAUUAACCGUAAAUCAGUCAGUGGUCGUACAGAAAAGGUCAACUGCUAAGCACAAAAUUGUCUGCAGUUUACACCAGAAAUGGCGGGUAAAACCGCCCCAGGUUCAUCCCUUCGACUAGAAUGGGUGUAUGGAUAUAGAGGACAUCAAUGUCGAAAUAAUCUUUUCUACACCGCUUCUAAAGACGUGGUAUAUUUUGUGGCGGGAGUGGGAGUGGUUUACAAUUCGAGGGAACACACUCAGAAAUUCUUCUUGGCACACGAUGAUGACAUUGUCAGCUUGGCCAUCCAUCCUGAGCGGUCACUCAUUGCUACUGGUCAGUUUGGAAAGGAUCCUUACAUCUGUGUAUGGGACUCUAACAGUGUCCAGACAGUGUCUAUUCUCAAGGAUGGCCACACUCAUGGUGUUGGCUCUCUUGCAUUCAGUCCCGACGGCUCUAGAAUCGUAUCUGUCGGUCUGGACCCUAACAACAUCAUGAAUGUGUGGGACUGGAAGAAAGGCAAGAUCUUAUCUACUGUGAAAGGUCAUUCAGCUAGGAUAUUUGAUUGCCAGUUCAACCCACACAAAGAAGGUACGUUGGUAAGCUGUGGCAUGAAGCACAUCAAGUUCUGGACCCUGUGUGGGAAUGCUUUGACGGCUAAGAAGGGUGUCUUUGGCAAGGUGGGAGACAUCCAGACCAUGCUGUGUCUUGGGUUUGCACCCAACGAUGACAUCACCUAUGCAGGCACACUCAGUGGGGAUAUCUAUGUAUGGAAUGGGACCAACCUACAGAGAGUUAUACAGGAUGCUCACAGGGGUAGCAUAUAUACGAUGAACGCAGCUGAAGGAGGGUAUGUGACUGGAGGGAAGGAUGGAUGUCUGUGUCUAUGGGAUACAGACUUCAGACACAUUACCAAGAUUGACCUACACAAGACCAAGCAAGGAUACCCAGGUCUCUCGAUCCGCAGUGUCCAUUGGCUGGGUGAGCACAUCCUAGUGGGCACCCAUGACAGUGAGAUCCUGGAGAUCUUUGUACGAGAGAGAGAUAAACCCAAGGUGCUGGUGCAAGGUCAUGCAGAGGGAGAGCUCUGGGCCCUCACAGCACAUCCUAAGAAACCUAUCUUUGCCACCGGUAGUGAUGACCAGAGUGUAAGGAUAUGGCACAGUGAAGAUAAGACGUUACUGGCAAAGACAGAGAUGGAGCAAAAUGUGCGGUCGGUAGCUUUCAACCAUGAUGGCAGUCAUCUUGCAGUUGGCAUGUCAGACGGAUCCUUCACAGUACUCAAAUCAAAAGAUCUUUCAGAGAUCAUCCACAUCAAGGAUCGCAAGGAGGUCCUGCACGAGUUGAAGUAUUCUCCGGAGGGUCACUAUCUUGCUGUAGGCUCAAAUGAUAACUACGUAGAUGUGUAUGCUGUGGAGCAACACUACAAGAAGGUUGGGCAGUGCUCUGGUAGCAGUAGCUUUAUCACUCAUCUAGACUGGUCCAAGGAUAGCCAGUAUCUUCAGACCAACAGUGGUGCUGCAGAGAGACUCAUCUAUAAGAUGCCUGCUGGAAAGCAUCUGACCAACCGAGAUGAAAUCAAACAGAUCCACUGGUACUCCUGGACCACUGUUCUUGGAGCUGAAGCUAAUGGUAUCUGGCCCAAGUACUCGGACACCAAUGACGUCAAUGCUAUAGAUGCAAACUUUGAUGGCGAGGUGAUGGUGACAGGAGAUGACUUUGGACUGGUCAAACUCUUCAGGUUUCCCUCAUUGAAACGAGGUGCUAAGUUCAGGAAGUAUGUUGGUCACUCUGCCCAUGUGACCAAUGUGAGGUUCACCCAUGAUAAGAGGUAUGUUGUGUCUGUAGGAGGUGGUGACCAUGCUGUCUUCCUGUGGAGGUACAACCCAGAGGGUAUUCAGAAUGAUGAAGAUUCAGGCACAGGCCAUGAUACAGGAUAUAUGGAUUCAAACAGUGAGGACAGUGACUCAGACAUGUCAGAUAUGGGUGAUCUGGACUCCGACAUCGAGAAGGAGAAGGAGAUCGACUAUGAGAGGGCUGUUUACAAGGAGGACCUGGACCAACUCAAGAGACAGAACAAGACCAAUAACUCUACAGGAGAGAAGAGACGAGAUGGUCCCAGCAAAGGAAUUAAGCUAGACUUUGUGCAUGGCUAUCGAGGGUACGACUGUCGUAACAAUCUGUUCUACACUCAAGCAGGUGAGGUAGUAUUCCACGUUGCAGCAGCUGGUAUCGUCUACAAUCGUGAGACGCACUCACAACGCUUCUUCCUUGGUCACACUGAUGACAUUCUGUGCUUAUGUAUUCAUCCACGCAAGGACUAUGUGGCAACUGGACAGGUUGGCAGAGAUCCAUCUAUCUAUGUUUGGGAAUGUGAGACUCUGAAACCACUUGCUCUCCUGAAGGGCCAGCAUAAGAGAGGAGUUUGUGCGCUGGACUUUUCAGCCGAUGGGAAGAAGUUAGCCAGCGUGGGUCUUGAUGAUAAUCACUGCAUUGUUGUGUGGGACUGGAAGAAAGGUGAAAAGCUAGCUACAACGAGAGGACACAAGGACAAGAUCUUUGUCAUCAAGUGGAAUGCACAUGAUAAUGAUAAACUGGUCACUGUUGGGAUGAAACACAUCAAAUUCUGGACUCUAGCUGGUGGUGGUUUCACAUCAAAACGUGGUACAUUCGGUAACAUCGGCAAACCUGACACCAUGAUGUGUGUUUGCUAUGGACGUUCACCAGAGAUGACGUAUUCUGGAGGUGCCAAUGGUAACAUCUACCACUGGCAGGGGACCACCUUACUGAGGACAGUCAAAGCACAUGAUGGUCCAUGCUUUGCCAUGCAUUCCUUGGACAAGGGCUUUGUGACUGGUGGAAAGGACGGCAUGAUUGCUCUUUGGGAUGAAGCAUUUGAACAGUGUCUCAAGACCUACGCUGUCAAGAAGUCCAGUUUGUCCCAUGACUCCCAUGGUACUCUGACCAGUGACAUGCCAGCCAUUCGGUCAGUGGUGCUAGGACAUGGACACAUUCUAGCAGGGACCAAGAACAGUGAGGUCCUACAGAUUGAGAAGAGCGGACCUAUCAAACUACUCGUUCAGGGUCACAUGGAGAGUGAGGUAUGGGGUUUAGCUGCUCACCCAACAAAGGAUGUCAUAUCAACGGUUAGCGAUGACCAGACGUUACGUCUGUGGGACAUUGGAGAAGCCAACAAGCUCCUGAAUGUUAGGAAGCUGAAGACAGGUGCACGGUGUUGUGAUUUCUCUCCUGACGGCAAGGGAUUGGCUGUAGGAUACAAAGAUGGCAGUUUUUCUGUGCUGGACAGUGAGACACUCAAUGACAUUGCAGGAUUCCAUCAUAGAAAAGAAGAAAUCUCUGACGUCAAAUUCUCACCUAAUCCUGGAAAAUACCUAGCUGUAGCAUCUCAUGACAACUAUGUGGACAUCUACAAUGUAAUGAACAGCAAGAGAGUUGGUACUUGUAAAGGAUCAUCCAGUUAUAUCACACAUACAGAUUGGGAUAGAUCAGGCAAACUUGUCAUGUCCAACUCCGGUGCCAAGGAGCAGCUGUUCUUUGAAGCCCCUCGAGGCAGGAGGCACGCCAUACGUAACAUGGAGAUAGAGCGUCUCAACUGGGCAUCGUGGACUUGUGUCCUGGGGCACACCUGUACAGGUAUCUGGCCUGCUAAGAGUGAUGUGACGGACGUCAACGCUGGCUGCUUGUCACAUGACGGCACAACUUUUGCAACGGGGGAUGACUUUGGAUUUGUCAAGCUGUUCCAAUGGCCCGUUGCGGGGAAGAAUGCCAAGUUCAAGAAGUACGUCGGACACAGCGCCCAUGUGACCAACGUCAGGUGGUCAUAUGAUGAUACGAAGCUGAUAUCGGUAGGUGGGGCUGAUACCUCCAUUAUGGUUUGGUCACGAGAUGGCGCUGGUGAAAGCAAUGCGUGUGGAGAUAGCGAUGAUUCAGACACAGACUCAGAGGAAGAAGGCUAUGACAGUGAUGUUCAGCGUGAGAAGGACAUGGACUAUUCAGCCAAGACGUACUCGGGUCCAAAGAGAGAUAUGGCUGGAGUCAAGCCUCAUCUACGGGAUGUAGAGGAUGAUGAUGCGCCUAGUUGCAGCAGGGCUGCAGCCAGGCCCACUAAAGUUAAGAAGAGUGAUGUAGAUACAGGCAAGAGGAAAAGGCCUGGCCAAGUAGAGGAGUUAGUACUGCAACACAUCCAUGGCUAUCGAGGCUAUGACUGUAGAAACAACCUCCAUUACCUCAAUGACGGUGCUGAUAUCGUCUAUCAUGCCGCUGGAGCUGGCAUCGUCCAAAACCUUGAAAAAGGGAGCCAGAGCUUUUACCUUGAGCACACGGAUGACAUCAUAUGCCUGACUGUCAAUCAGCACCCCAAGUAUCCCAACGUUAUAGCGACCGGUCAGAUCGGUGAGACACCAGCGGUCAAUGUCUGGAAUGCAGAGACCAAGGAGACAUUGUCCCUCAUACGAGGGUUCCACACCAAGGGGGUUUGUUCAGUGAACUUCAGUGCGUCCGGGAAGCUAUUGCUGACCGUUGGCAUCGACCAGAACCAUUCAUUUGCCGUGUGGAGAUGGCAAGAUGGUUCUAGGAUUGCAAGUGGUGUUGGACACACAAAGCGAAUCUUCAUGGCCGAAUUCAGACCGGACUCUGAUUCUCAGUUUGUGACGGUUGGUGUGAAGCACGUCAAGUUCUGGACGGUAGCAGGUAGUCAGCUCCUAGGCAAGAGAGGUCUACUCAAGAGAUCUGGUACCAAUCCACAGGAAUCCAAGAUGCAAACCAUGCUCUCAAUAGCAUUUGGAGCAAAUGAGACGACAUACACUGGAUCUAUGUGCGGUGAUGUGUAUGUAUGGAAGGGGCACAUGUUAGCUAAAGUGGUUACCAGGGCUCACCAAGAUGCCGUAUUCACUCUCUACACAACCCUCAAAGAUGGACUCAUCGUCUCAGGAGGCAAGGAGAAGGCUGGACGUAGUGGAAAUGCAGUGAAGUUAUGGGACCAGGACAUGAAGAAAUGUAAAAACUUCCAGCUCAGCACAGGCAACAAGAUGGAUGUCGUGAAGAGUGUCUGUAGGGCCAAGGGAAAGAUCCUGAUAGGUACUAAGGAGAGUGAGAUAUUUGAGAUUGACGAGAAGAAAGGAACGGUAACCAAUCUAAGCCAGGGUCACGGUGAAGGGGAGCUAUGGGGUCUCGCUGCCCACCCUACGAAGGAAGUAUUUGCAUCAGCUAGUGACGAUACAACCAUUAGAAUAUGGGAUGUUCCUAACAAGAAAAUGUUGAACAAGGCAGUGAUUGGGACUGCAGCCAGGUCUAUAAGCUACAGUCCUGAUGGUGAGAAGCUAGCUGUUGGUCUCAAGAAUGGAGAAUUUGUCAUCUUGACUGUAGCUACUCUAGAGAUGUGGGGACGCAAGAGAGACAGGAGCAAAGCCAUACAGGACAUCAAGUUCAGCCCAGACUCUAAAUACCUUGCUGUAGCAUCUGACGAUGGCAGCGUUGAUUUCUAUGACAUCAGCGCAGGGUCUGCACUAUCAAGGGCUGGCUUCUGUAAAGGUAUCUCAAGCUUCGUAGUGCAAAUAGACUUCUCAGCUGACAGCAAAUAUAUACAGAUUGGUACGGGGACCUAUCAACGCCUAGUCUACACAGUGCCUAGUGGUAAACCAGUAACAGAGAACUCUGAUAUUCAGAACAUCACGUGGGCUACAUGGACAAGUGUUGUUGGUCAAGAAGUGGUAGGAGUUUGGCCAAGGAAUGCAGACAAGGCUGAUGUGAACUGUUCCAUUGUCAGUGGACAAGGCAAUGCAAUAGCAACAGGAGAUGACUUUGGCUUUGUGAAGCUUUUCAAUUUCCCAUGUGCAGAGCUAUAUGCACCUCACAAGAAGUAUGUUGGUCAUUCUGCUCAUGUGACCAAUGUGAAGUUCAUCUAUGAUGACAGACAUCUUAUCUCCACUGGAGGUGAUGAUUGCUGCUUGUUUGUGUGGAAAUGUAGGUGAGAUUUGAUCACCAGUCUUGAGAAGCACGCUUCAAUGCAGGGUUUCACGCCACAUUCUGAAAGUCACUUUCAAAGGAUGGGACAUUAUGACCAGGAUUUCUUUCCAUAUUUUGUAUAUCAGAGAUACCAUGAACAGUUCAGUGAUAUUCAAGUCUCUAUGUUGUCUUCAUAGUUCUGAAUGUGUAAUGUUGCUUUAGACUUUCUUCCAUUUGUAAAUGGUGUUUGUGUUUAUAGUUAGCAGGGAUUAUAUCUUGUGCCAAAAGCAUUGUCAAAAAUCUAUCGGAACAUAAGCGAGUUUGGACUGGAGACAGAUGUGAAAUUUAAAACAAUUUGUACUAUAUGUACUUCUGAAAUCUUUUGUUUUUGUAUAGCAUGGUAUGGUAGAUAUUUUCUUAUUUGUUGGUCUCUUGUAAUUAUUUUCAACAGUAUUUUGUUAAUGAAAAAAAAGACUUACUUAUACCACCCCCAUCGUACCCCAAUCCCUUCCCUAAAUCCCUGGUCAAGACAACUGUAGGAAUAGGACAAAUAGGAAGAUAAGGAGAAAAUAAAAAUUGAAGUUAUGAUUUUGGGAUGUCUACCAGCUUAUGUCAGCAUUUGCACAUGCAUUAUCAUGGGUACCCAUGUCUUACGCACACUUGAUGCACUCAAUUUUGUUUCUCCCUGACUCCUUGAAUGGCAUGUAAACUGUUGACUCUGUUGAGUGAUGUCCAUAAUGACUGGAUUACUCCAUUUUAUCAGUUUUAUUUUCACUCAUACUUUUUGACACAUCGUGCACAAUUUUAUAGAAGAAUACAGAAGACCCACAUGCCUUAUAUAUAAAUUUGUAUCAUGCAGGAACAUUGAAGGGAUUCACACUCUUCCUAAAAAAAUAUCAGUAGACCGUAAAUUGAUAUAAUUAAUUUUGUGAUGAAUUUGAACGUGAAAGAAUAUUCUGAAGUCUCCAACGUAGAUCCAUAAAACAAUUGUGCCUUACCAAAUCAUUGAUGGUGUAGACUAGAAUGGCACAAGGCAUUAAGGACAUUCUUGAUCACAUGUGAUUAGACAAUCAAAGAAAAAAGGUAAUGUGGUAUUUGGAUGCCAUUGUGCAGCAUAGAAUGUAUUCAGGUGUUAUUUUUGGUUUCUUUUUUUUUCAGAACUCUCUUUUUUCUUUUUCUUGUCUUUCAUAGACCAUACCAAAUCAAUCUAGGUACAAGAGUAUUUCAUAUUGAACAAAUUAUGUGUCGUUCUCAUAUGAAUAUUUUUGAAGUAUUGAUUUGAAACUCACUUUCAUGAAAGAGCUUUUCAACUACUAGAUGUAUGAAUUGAGUCAGAAAGUAACAUUUGUUUGUUAAUAUGUCAUAAUGUACUUUCUACUGUCUUCUCUUUCAUAAGACAUUACCUCUCAAAAUCGAUGUGUUGAAGACUUAUAUUUGACGUAUAAGUAAAUUGAAUCAUUAUGAAGCAUAACUAACCUUUAUGAACAAUCUAAAAUCAAGAAGAAUAAAUUAAGAUAUUGGUAGAGAAAAUAUAAUUCAUGUCCAUUUAAAUAUAAAGUAAAUGUACCAGCCUUUGUGUAUGCUUAUGGUAGUACCUUAGUCCCAGAUUAACCACAAGUGCAAUUGAACUGAAAGUCCUUGAAAGUAACACCAAUGUAGGUAACAUGAUGAUACGUUUGAAAUUUUGUAUCUUGUUUUGAUGGAAUAUGAAUUUAGAAGAAUGCUUCAUUUUAGAGUUGGAUUAACAGUACAAGAUUACCUAUUCAAUCAACAUAAAAACAAAACAUGAUUCAUAAUAUUUUGAACAGAUGUGAAGGCGUGGUAAAUAUUAUUGAUAAUGUUUGCAGUUGCAGAGAUUUUCAACCUGAUAUUGGAUGUGAAGCCAUAUACCUUCCAAGCAAUCAAACCACAAAGUAACACCAAUGUAGGUAACAUGAUGAUACGUUUGAAAUUUUGUAUCUUGUUUUGAUGGAAUAUGAAUUUAGAAGAAUGCUUCAUUUUAGAGUUGGAUUAACAGUACAAGAUUACCUAUUCAAUCAACAUAAAAACAAAACAUGAUUCAUAAUAUUUUGAACAGAUGUGAAGGCGUGGUAAAUAUUAUUGAUAAUGUUUGCAGUUGCAGAGAUUUUCAACCUGAUAUGGAUGUGAAGCCAUAUACCUUCCAAGCAAUCAAACCACAAAUUACUUCUUUAAACUCGUUUUGUAAGUAGCUUUCAACGACUCUAGAAAUCUUCAGAAGCAUGUAUAAGUAAUGAGUAAUACUAAAUAAAUACCCCCCCCCCCCCAUGAACCCUCCUUUACAUGUACCAGUUUUGACAUGCACAUUACAUUCACAUAACAUUUGAUCUGAUAUGCUCUGUCAUAAAUUAUGUUAUAUUAAUCAUGGAACUGGAUGGAUCAUUGACCAAUUUUUCCUUUCAAUGACCAGGACAUUUGUCUUGUUUCUUUAUUUACCCAAGGUCAAUUCUACAGUAUUCUAGCUCAUUUUGCUCAUUAGAUAUGGAUUUUUCUUUUUAAUUGGCAACCUGUGAAAACAUAUACAAAAAUACUUGUAAAGCUUCUGUAAUAUGUCCAAGAACACUGUGUCUUGAGAAGUUUUAGUGAGCUUGACAAUUUUAAGGGAAAAAUGAAUGAAUUCAGCAAUGUUUGUGUUACAAAGUGUAGGCCUUUGGUCAUCAAUUAAUUGAUUGUAAUGAAAACAAGAGAGCUGAUAUAUACAUAUCAUUGUGACAUUGCUGUUCACCUGAAACAGAAUGGUAUUAUAGUUUUGUUAGAGUAGCAAAUUACAGGUUAAAAGCAAAAUGCAAAUUUAUUUGUUUGUACAUGGAGAUUGAAUAGGCAAUUUCUAAGAUGAAGAAAAUAGCCACUUUCUUCCAACAUUGGCAAUGUCUGUCAGUAAACAAGUCAAACAUGCAUACAAAUAUUCUCACCAUUGUUAUUUGAGAAUUGUUAUUUGCUUAUGGCUUGCUAAUUAGCAUUAAAAAGAACAUGGGUUCAUGUAAAUGCAACACAAUUUCUACCUUGAUCACUAAGAAGAGAAACUCAUAAGCAAAGUUUACAACAAAACACUUGUGUUAUGACUUAAUUAAUAAUAAGCUGGAGGAAAAUGCAAGUUUUGGGGUCAAUUUUUGAACGUUGUGAACAAUAUAAAAGCGUAAUGUUUUUCAUUUUGUGUAUUUUUGGUCUUGUUUUCAAUGGAGAAACAACAUGUACAUUGACAAUUUAUUGUUUUUCGUUUUUUUUUAAUGUGUUUACCUGUUUUGAUAUUUGACAGACUUUGCCUGUCUAUUUCAGUGAAAGAUACCUUUGGUGUUUUGAAGUAAAUGUUUUACUGGUGAAAAGAAUGAAUCACUUGGAACCCUCUGUCUUGACUCGGUGUUCUUUUUAUUUUUUAUAUUUUUCUUUACUUUUUGUAAAUGUUGAAUAAUGUAGAUACAUUUUAUAUUUCAAUUACAUGUAUACUGGCAUAGAAAUAUAGCAUAUACUUAGAUUGUAGAAGUACUUAAUGAUUAUAUAUUGUGCUGCAAAUAGAAUAGGAUUUCAUUCUGUUUAUUACUUGAUUACUGUUCAUAUGCAUUAAAACUGAAAUGAGCUUUGUUGCAAUUGUCAGCAUUCCACACAUUGUGAAAUACUGAUGUUCUAAACAAGCAUUUGUUUAAAAAAAAUUGUUCUGUAAAAAGGAAAGAAAAGGGUAAAAUUUCAAGAUUAUGUUUCGAUAUAUGGAGACCAAUGUAAUGCAUCAAGAUUUCACAAUGAUUCUGAAGCUUAUAUGCUGCUAUGUCAGUAUUGCUGCAUUCAGUGUAUUAUUCUUGAUUUCCUAGGCAAUCAAACAUGACAUAGUUGUUGAAAGACACAUUUUCUUAUAAUUCCUAAUGGUUGAUUCUAUUCAGUCGUUAAAAAUGAUAUUGCAUAAAAUGUCAAAUUGAGCAUCUUUGUAAUACCCGAUGUAAAUUGUAGCAAUUUAUUGAUUAUCAGUGGUGUCAUGUGUACAAUCUGGACUUCAUUAAGUCAUAUUAAAUAACUUUUCAUAAAAGAAUGA